GGCUGACGCUUGUGUGUUCUGUUUCAGAGUGUGACUCUGGGACAUAUGCUCCUGCUAUGGUCCGUCCAAGGUCUCCGCACUCGAGCACCGCAUGUAUCAUGGGCGAUGGCAUGUGUAGAGAGAAGCGAGUAUGGCAAAGAAGCUUGACAUUCCGAAACGGGCUAGCUCAGCGUCUGCACGGACCUCGGAGCUUUCAUCUCGGACAGCAACGAUCCCAACAUCACUCCGACCCGACAGUGAACCAUUUGAGGGCGUCUUCAUCACACAUAAAGUCUGCAGAAGUAGUUUCACCAUGGUCAAUACUUCCCAACCGCUGCUUGGGCGUAUUACCCCACAUUCAGAACAGAGGUUGGAUUGUGACUCAACCUCAACAAAAUCGUCCAUCCUCCUACGCACGCAGGAACAAUAUCCCUGCUUCUCGCAGUCGUGUGAGCCGAAAUUUUACAGCAUCUCAACAUGUCUGUACGUGAAGCGAUCAUCUCAGAGCUUGAUGCGAAUCGCGAGAGCUACAUCACGUUCCUUCAGCAGCUGAUCCAAGCGGCGUCUCCCAACCCACCGGGAGACACCACUGAAGCCGCAAGAGUAAUCCAAGAUUAUCUAGAAGAUCAUGGCGCGGAUUCUGAGAUUGUCGCGCCUUUACCACAUGCGCCGAAUGUUGUUGCCGACUUCCGCGGCGGGAGAGGCGCCGGCAAGCGUGUGAUACUGAAUGGGCAUAUCGACACGUAUCCAGUAGAGAAACCAGACGCGUGGAAGAACGGGCCAUACUCAGGCUACAACGAUAGAAGUAUAAUCCAUGGCCGAGGUGCGGUCGACAUGAAGGCUGGAAUCGCAGCAUCUGUUAUCGCGUACACAAUCCUGCGAAACAAAACAGAGAGCCUGAAAGGCAGCGUGGGCCUCAUGGCAGUAUCAGAUGAAGAGACAGGAGGGAAAUGGGGCACGCGAUAUCUCUUGGAGAAUUGCGGAAAACCAUCGCGCUGGGUUGGCGACGUUGUCCUGAACGGAGAACCUGGUGGCCUUCAAUCGAUCCGAUUUGGCGAAAAGGGCACGUUGCGGAUCACGUUUACGGUUGAGGCGCAAGGCUUGAAUGGCGCUUAUACUUUCCUUAGCCGCGGUGCGAAUAUUGUGGCUUCUAGACUCAUCGACAAACUCCUAGACCUAGAGAAUCUCGAACCUCGACUUCCAGAAGAGAUUCGAAAGUAUUUUGAUUCGCGAGCCCGCGAGAUAGCCGACGAGAUAAUGGGCGAAGGAGCAUCGGGAGUACUUUUGAAGCCUACUGUUAAUGUGGGAACCAUCCAUGGAGGCGUUAAGGUCAAUACGGUUCCCGAAGAGUGCGUUUUCCAAGCCGACAUCCGUCUCCCUAUCGGGAUGGAGGCUUCUACGAUUCUUGGCCUCAUUGAUCAAUAUCUGCAAGACUUUCCUCAGGCUUCCUACAAGGUGCAGGAAGCAGCUAGCAAUCCCGCAAACUUUUGCACAACAGAGCAUCCGUUCGCAGGAAUAAUUGCGAAGUGUGCUGAAGAAGUCAUGAGCAUCAAACCAGUCAUGUUAGCCGGAUUGGGAGGAACGGAUUGCAAGUUCUAUCGUUAUCGUGGCAUCCCAACCUACGUCUACGGCCCUUCCCCAAAGGGCAUGGGCGGCAGUCACGAAGCGGUGUCCAUCGAUGAGUUCAUGGCAGUGGUGAAGACUCAUACAUUGGCUGUUUGGGACUUCCUCAACCAUGAGUGAAAGGACUGGGUUGGUAGAGGGAUGGUAUGAUGUAAUUGAUUGCGAUUAUCCGCUUUGAUACUCAGUAAAUCUCCAUUGAUACUAAGGAAUGGUAUUAGCCUCAAAUUCAUGUUAUUGCGCCCCAGUAGCACGGUCUAGGUUACGUGGUAACAUGACCCUCGAUAUGACGGGGACGGGCUUGUAGACUAUGACUCCAAG